UGGUGCACGGGGCCCCGCCAGCCCUGCGGCGCACAGGGGCUGUGCACAUGGCUCUGCGAGCUCGCGUGAGCGUUGCGUGGGCCGUGCCAGCCCUGCGGCGUGCGGCAGCUGCGCACGGGGCUCUGCAGGCUCCGCGGUGCGCGCCGCUGUCGCACACGGCCGUGCAAACUUCGUGCAGCGCGCAUGGCGUGUGGCAGCCUGUGGUGUGCGAGGUCUGAGACCACACCUGGAAUAUUGUGUCCAGCUGUGGCCCCUCAGUUCCAGCAGGACAGGGAACUGCUGGAGAGGGUCCAGCGUAGGGCAAUGAAGAUGAUUAAGGGAGUGGAGCAUCUCCCUUAUGAAGAAAGGCUGAGGGAGCUGGGGCUCUUUAGUUUGGAGAAGAGGAGACUAAGGGGGGACCUCAUUAAUGUUUAUAAAUAUAUAAAGGGUGAGUGCCAUGAGGAUGGAGCCAGGCUCUUCUCGGUGGCCAACAAUGAUAGGACAAGGGGUAAUGGGAUCAAGCUGGAGCACAAGAGGUUCCGCUUAAAUUUGAGAAAAAACUUCUUCUCAGUAAGGGUGACAGACACUGGAACAGGCUGCCCAGGGGGGUUGUGGAGUCUCCUUCUGUGCAGACAUUCCAACCCGCCUGGACACCUUCCUGUGUAACCUCAUCUGGGCGUUCCUGCUCCAGCAGGGGGAUUGGACUGGAUGAGCUUUGGAGGUCCCUUCCAAUCCCAAACACACUGUGAUACUGUGAAGGCCCUACAAGCACUGUGCAACACGUGUGAGCUGCACGCUGGGUUCUCCCAGCCCCUGGUGUGCAAGGGCUCUGUGCAACACGAGCCUUGCACGGGGCUGUGUGAGCGCUGUGACGCGCAGCAGGUGUGUAAGAGGCUGUGCCAGCUCUGUGCAACACGUGUGCCCUUCCCACAGCACCGUGCCAGCCGCACACAGGGUGCGUGUGGCGCUGGUGGCCCUGUGAGCGCCACCUGCGCGUGUCACACGGGGCCGUGCAAGGUGUGCAAGCGUUGUGUGGGUGCUCAGGGCUGGCAGGAGGCUGGUCACACUGUCCCCCCAGCACACCCGUGGGUGACAGCCCAGUUGUGCUCCUUGGUGCUUUAUUGGCAGCGUGUGACAAGGGGACAGCUGCAGUGGCACUGAGGGGACAGCCAGUGCUACCAGGUGAUGCCACCAUUCUGGCAGGAGUGGCUGCACUGUGGGGACACUGCGGGAGGGGACACCAGCUCAGCGGGGUCCCGCAGGGUCUCCAUCUGCCGAGGUGACACUGCGGGGUGCAGCCACCCCCCUGUGCCACCGUGUCGCCAGCCGUGGCCCUGGGCCACUGGAGGUGUGAUGUCCCCAAGCCACCAUGGGGACAGGAGUGUCCCCACCCCACGACCGUGUCCCAUGUCUGUCUGUGCCACCACAGCUGGAGCAGUUCCCCUUGUGCCCAGAACACGCAGCUGUGUCCCCCAUCCAGCCCUAUGCCCUGUCCCCUCUGCCGUGUCACUCUCUGUCACCCCGCCCUGCGGUGGGGGGGCGGGACAUGGGACACGGGGACGCACUCACCGUGCCCCGGUGCCCCCCCUGCGCCGGGCAGCGCCGCUCGGACGGGCCGCGGGGAAGCGGCCGUUACCGGGGGCUGAUGCUGCUGCACGGGGCCGUUCCCGGUGGUUCGCUCCCGGUGCACGGCGGGCGCUCGGGGCCGUUCCCGGGGUGCAGACCCGGUGCUGGGGCCGUUCCCGGCAGAACGUGUCCGGUGUCAAUCCCGGGGAUGACACCCAGUGCCCUUCCCGGGGGAACAUUGGCGGUGCCGUUCCCAGCCGCCCGUGCCCCGCGCUGUUUCCAGGGACACGUUCCCGGUGCCGUUCCCGGGGAUAUGUUCCCGCAUGAUGACGCCCGGUGCCGUUCUCGGUGUCGUUCCCGGGUGAUGAUGCUCGGUGCCGUUCCCGGGGGUUACGUUCCCGAUGCUGUUCCCGGAUGGUGAUGCCCGGUGCUGUUCCCGGUGUCGUUCCCAGAUGAUGGUGCCCGGUGCCGUUCCCGAUGCUGUUCCCGGAUGGUGAUGCCCGUCCGAGUACCACUAUGAGUACACAGCGUGUGACAGCACAGGGUCACGCUGGAGGGUGGCUGUGCCGCACACGCCGGGACUCUGCACCGGCCUCCCGGACCCCGUCAAGGGCACCGAGUGCUCUUUCUCCUGCAAGGCGGGUGAGUUCCUGGACAUGAGGGCGCAGGCGUGCCGGCCCUGCGCCGAGGGCACCUACUCGCUGGGCACUGGCGUCCGCUUCGACGAGUGGGACGAGGUGCCCCAUGGUUUCGCCAACGUGGCCACCAGCCUGGAGGUGGACGACGGCUUCGGCGACGCGGUGGAGAACUGCACGGCGUCGACGUGGGUGCCGCUUGGGGACUACGUGGCCUCCAACACGGACGAGUGCACGGCCACCCUCAUGUACGCCGUCAGCCUCAAGCAGUCGGGCACCGUGUCCUUCGAGUACAUCUACCCCGACAGCAGCAUCGUCUUCGAGUUCUUUGUGCAGAAUGACCAGUGCCAGCCCACGGUGGAGGAGUCACGCUGGAUGCGGACGACGGAGAAGGGCUGGGAGUUCCACAGCGUGGAACUGAGCCGCGGCAACAACGUGCUGUACUGGCGAACCACCGCGUUCUCCGUCUGGUCCAAGGUGCCCAAGCCAGUGCUGGUGCGGAACAUCGGCAUCACUGGGGUGGCUUAUACCUCCGAGUGCUUCCCCUGCAAACCCGGCACCUUCGCCCCCGCCGCCGGCUCCUCCGCCUGCCAGCUCUGUCCCGCCGACACCUUCUCCAGCAAAGGGGCCACCGCCUGCCAGCCCUGCGAGCCCGCCACCUACGCCGAACCCGGCUCGGCAUCCUGCAAACCGCGGCCACCCUGCACCGACAAGGAUUAUUUCUACACUCACACCGCCUGCGAUGCCUACGGCGAGACUCAGCUGAUGUUCAAGUGGGCAGAGCCCAAAAUCUGCAGCGAGGAGCUGCCCCAGGCAACGAAACUGCCCCCGUCGGGGGUGAAAACCAGGUGCCCCCCCUGCAACCCCGGCUUUGCCAAAAGCAACGGCAGUGCCUGCCAGCCCUGUCCCUACGGCUCCUACUCCAACGGCUCCGGCUGCCUCAGCUGCCCGGCGGGCACCGAGCCGGCGCUGGGGCUGGAGUACAAGUGGUGGAACGUGCUGCCCCCCAACAUGGAGACCACCGUCCUCAGCGGCAUCAACUUCGAGUACAAGGGGAUGGCAGGCUGGGAGGUGGCCGGGGACUACAUCUACACGGCGGGGGGAGCCUCUGAUAACGACUUCAUGAUCCUCACACUGGUGGUCCCCGGCUUCAGCCCUCCCAGCCCGGUGCUGGAGGACGUGGAGAGCAAGGAGGUGGCCAGGAUCACCUUCGUCUUCGAAACGAUCUGCAGCGUCGGCUGCGAGCUCUACUUCAUGGUGGGCGUCAACUCCCGCAGCAACACGCCGGUGGAGACGUGGACGGGCCCCAAGGGGAAGCAAUCCUACACCUACGUCGUGGAGAAAAACGCCACCAUGAGCUUCACGUGGGCGUUCCAGCGCACCCCCUACCACGGGGCGGGCCGGCGCUACACCAACGACGUGGCCAAGCUCUACUCGGUCAACGUCACCAACGUGCUGGGGGGGGUGGCAUCCUUCUGCCGGCGCUGCGCCCCCGAGCCGGCCGGCUCCUGCGCCCCCUGUCCCCCCGGGAGCGCCGUGGACCGCAGCUCGGGGACCUGCCAGCCCUGCCCCCCCGGCACCUACCUGCGGGGUCACCCCUCGGACGGGACCCCCGCCUGUCACCCCUGCGGCCCCGGCACCCGCAGCAACCAGCUCCGCUCCCUCUGCUACAACAACUGCAGCUUCUCCCUGUCACUGCCCGGCCACAUCCUGCACUACGACUUCUCGGCGCUGGGCAGCGGCGCAGCCUUCGCCAGCGGCCCCAGCUUCACCGCCAAGGGCCUCAAGUACUUCCACCACUUCAGCAUCAGCCUCUGCGGCAACCAGGGCAGGAAGAUGGCCUCCUGCACCGACAACGUGACGGACGCGCGGCUGCCGGCGGGCGAGGGGGACCCUGCGCGCGUGGUGACGUCCUACGUGUGCCAGGCCAUCCUGGUGCCACCUGAUGUCAUGGGCUACAAGAUGCCCGUGUCCUCGCAGCCCGUCAGCCUGGCCGACCGACUCCUGGGUGUCACCGCCGGCCCCACGCUGGACGGCGUCACCUCCCCCCCAGAAUACUUCCCCCCUGGCCACCCCGACCUGCCCGACGUCGUUUUCUUCUACAGGUCCAACGAUGUGACACAACCCUGCAGUGGUGGCCGUGCCACCGCCAUCCGCCUGCGCUGUGACCCCCUGCGCCCGGGCGCCGGCACCCUGAGCGUCCCCAGCAAAUGCCCUGAGGGCACCUGUGACGGCUGCACCUUCCACUUUCUGUGGGUGACGGGCGAGGCUUGUCCCCGCUGCUCCGCCAGCCACUAUCGCCCCAUCGUCAGCGCCUGCGUCGGUGGCAUCCAGAGAACCACCUACGUGUGGCGGGAGCCCCGGCUGUGCCGCGGUGGGCAGAGUUUGCCGGCACAGAGGGUGCGGCGCUGCCGGAGCGCCGAUUUUUGGCUGAAGGUUGGGAUCUCGGCCGGCACCUGCGCCGCUGUCCUGCUCGCCGCCCUCGCCGCCUACUUCUGGAAAAAGAACCAAAAGCUGGAGUAUAAAUACUCCAAGCUGGUGAUGAACGCGGCGGCCAAGGAGAGCGAGCUGCCGGCGCCGGACAGCUGCGCCAUCAUGGAGGGGGAGGACGCCGAGGACGACCUGCUUUUCGCCACCAAAAGAUCGCUUUUUGGCAAAAUCAAGUCCCUCACAUCCAAGCGAACGUCGGACGGUUUCGACUCCGUCCCGCUGAAGACGUCGUCCGGCAGCACCGCCAUGGAGCUGUGACGGGGCGGGGGGGCCGCCCGCGCCCUCCCACCCCCCCACAACGUGGCCUUAGGGACCCGCUUCGGACCGGAGCUUCGUUACGGCUUUUGUACGUUUUUCCCUGUGUGUCCCCCCCCCAGCCAAGCGCCAAAAAAUGCCAAAUACAGGUGUGGGGUUUGUACAAUG